UUACACUUUGAGGCGUGUAUUUUCAAGUUAAUGAAUUGCCGUUUCAAAGAGAAAUUGGUGUGUAAUCUUACUCAAGGUACACGCGCGUUUAAGCGCAACUUUUUGACCUCCCACUCGUGCUGUGACGUGCCUAGCAGCGGCUAGUAAUAAAUGAAAGGCGCAAUUUGAAGCGUCCAGUUGUUCUGCUGCUUCAGCAGACGCGCCUUAUAUCUGUCACAUGCGGCGGAGCACAUUCAGACUGGACGGGAGUGCUUCUUCCAUUGAUCGCUCUGGACUGAAGCAGCAAACCACUGGAAUACAUAAUCAGAGAUUCAACUUCACAAAAUGAGCGGCGGUAAGAGGAUGGAGGAUGAGGCCGUGCUGGACAGAGGGGCCUCGUUACUCAAACACUUAUGUGAUCAGGAAGAAGUUGAAGGUCACCGCACCAUAUACAUCGGUGUGAAUGUGCCUAAGAGCUACCGGCGACGGAGACGUCAUCGCAGACGCACCAGUCACAAGGACAGAAAGGAGAAAGUGACUGAGAACGCUUCGGACAGGUCGGAUGCAGAGAACAAUGAGGAGGCCAGCAACAGCAUCCUCAAACCACUCAUCUCACCUGCUGCUGAGCGCAUUCGAUUCAUUCUGGGAGAGGACGAUGACAGUCCAGCACCCCCUCAGCUCUUCACCGAGCUGGACGAGUUGCUGUCUGUUGAUGGCCAGGAGAUGGAGUGGAAGGAAACUGCCAGGUGGAUCAAGUUUGAAGAGAAGGUGGAAAAAGGUGGGGAGCGGUGGAGUAAACCACAUGUGGCCACUCUGUCCCUUCAUAGUCUCUUUGAGCUUAGGACGUGUAUAGAGAAGGGCACCAUCAUGCUGGACCUAGAGGCCAACACACUGCCAGGGGUCGUGGAAAUGAUCACUGACAGUCAGAUUGAGAACGGUCUCUUGAAAGCUGACCUGAAAGAUAAGGUCAUGUACACCUUGCUGAGGAAGCAUCGCCACCAGACCAAGAAAUCCAAUCUUCGCUCCUUAGCUGACAUUGGCAAGACGGUCUCCAGCGCAAGUAGGCUGUUUUCCACCCCGGAUAAUGCACGUAAUCCACUUGAGACUUCAGUGCCUUGUCUAAUGACUCGCAACUCAGAGGAGCUGUUGCGAGCCGAGCGUUACAUCUGUCACUUGUGA